CGAGCCAAUCGCAAGUCAUUCAAUUGUUCACAUGCGUAAUAAUCGAUGCGUCAACACUGAUUGAAGGACGGAGCAAGACACUUGAUGUUGGUUGUCUUUUUUGAGAAAAUGUUGCUUGCAAAUUGCCGUUUGUUUUUGCUCACUUUGAGCUCAGCAACAUGUGACAAAACAUGCAUUCGUCAAUGUUACAUGUUUUAGCUGUAUUAUGAAGGCCGUGAUCAGCAAUCGGACCAUUGCCUAAAUCAAGAAAAUUUGCCUGCUUGUUGAUCUCAACCGGUUUCUUUGCAGAAACAGCCAUUGUCGUAGUCUACUGCUUCUUUUUAAUCCAAGCUUCGAGUUGGCAGCAACAAGUCAAACUCCCCUGAAAACUCACCAGAAACUUCGAAGGAUAUUGUGGGGACCUUGUUGGUUGUGAUUUUUUGUGAUACGGUGCCCUGAUGGGCUGUGCUCCCAGUAUACACGUCUCGCAGAGUACUGGAGUUGUAUACUGCAGAGAGGACAAACUGAAAACACUCAAACAUUCGAGGACUACAUCACUUAGCAUUUCUGAAGUUGUUAGUCAUAUUCCCCAAAAUCAAAGUGACACAUUGAUAACAGAAAACAGAGCAUUGAAGAUCGACAAAGAAAGGGAAAGCAGCUUUUCUGCCCGUGCUGUUCCUUGGAUUGAGGCCGAAACUCAAACACUUGAUCAGACAGUGCAUCAGUCAGCCGGCAUGGAAGUCAAGGCCUCUAAACGUGAACUGCUUUUUGGCCCCAUGAAAGUAAUUCAACAACCAAUGGAGGUUCUUCUCGUUUUUGGAAAAGAAGACCAACAAACGGACGCUUUCGUUUCCGCGUGUAACCAAGGGGGCUAUCGAAGUAAGAUUGCUCACACCUCUGAAAGUGCGAUGGAGUACUACUUAAGAAGACAACCAGAGGUUACAAUUGUCGAUCUGCGGUCGAAUGUUUUCUUUGAAGGAGAAACUCUCUGCAGGAAUAUUCGAGCAACUCGUCCAAAUGAAAAUACAAUAAUAGUUGGCUUGCUGAAAAGUCCGACCAGUGAAACAAAAGAGCUAUCGGUACUCCCAUUAUUAAGAGCUGGUUUCAAUAGGAGGUUAUUUGAAAACAACGACCCGAAAGCGUGUUUAAAUGAGUUACUUAUGCUUGACUUCGGAGAAAUUGCAUCACAGUCCAAAAUCAGGGCGAGCGCCUGUUUGUUUAGUGCACUUGAAAAUGUAUAUGAUGCGAUAGAAAUCCGCAGUAUUGAAUCGGACAAAUCAGAGUUUCAGUAUGUCAACCCCGCGUACGAGCGUGUGACAGGCAACUGGAGAUCGGAGCUUACUUCAACUGUUCCAAAGAACUCAAGCCUGCCAGCCCACGAGGCCUUAAAAUCGGAGUUCCACGAGGGACUUCCAAAGCAACUUAGCAAAGGAAAGUCUUGGGAAGGUAUGUCUGUGGCACGAAGAAAGAAUGGAGAUUACUUCGUUCAAAAUCUAAAGAUUAUUCCAAUUAUAGGUUCCAAUGGGAAAGUAACCCACCAUGUUAGCAUAAAGAGGGAUAUGAGUGCAGUUCAUAGAGAUGUACAAUCCUUGCAGAUGCAGCAAGAACUUUCUAGGAUGCAGCAGUCGAUGUCGGCCGUUGAUCGAGGCGUAAGAGAUCAAUAUGAAAUUCUGCAGAACGGUGGCAACAUGACUUAUAACAGAAGGCAGUCUAUGACUACGACAAGAAUAGAAGCGCCAAUCACAAAGGUUAUUAACAUGUUAAAUGCAGUUCAGGAGAACAGCCCAGUCAACGUUGUUCAAGUUUUGGAAAAAGUCAUCGACAUUCUACGGUCAACAGAGCUCUUUAACCCAUUUACUGACAAAGUGGAAGACAAGGGUGGAGUUGAAAAUGACCUUGUGGAUGGUCUCAUGCACACGCGACGGCGCCAUUCUGGAGAUGCUAAUAUCAAAGGCCAUGUUAUUCACCGAGACUCCGGACAUGGUCCUUCGUUGUCUCUCCAUUCUCUACACGCUCCCCCGGAAAUCCAAAGUGCACUUGAAGGGGAACAUAAGUGGCAGUUUGAUAUCAUUCGGUUAGAACGAGUUACAAACAAAAGACCACUUUACUAUUUAGGAUAUGCAAUAUUUAGCAGAUUCAACGCAUGCAAAUUUCUAAGUAUCAGUGAUGACGUUCUGCGAAAGUGGUUGCAGCUGAUUGAGUCUAACUACCACUCCACGAACGCCUACCACACGUCAACACACGCAGCUGAUGUCCUCCACGCUACUUCGUGCUUUCUUUUGAAGGAAAAUGUAAAGAAUGCAUUGGAGCCAUUGGAUGAGAUUACAGCCCUUAUUGCGGCGACAGUCCACGAUGUUGAUCACCCUGGCUAUACAAAUUCGUUUCUAUGCAACGCAGGCAGCGAUUUGGCAGUGUUGUAUAACGACAUUGCCGUUUUAGAGAACCAUCAUGCAGCGAUGGCUUUUAAGUUGACGUCAAAAGACAGCAAAUCAAAUAUUCUUAAGAAUAUUGAAAGCGAGGAUUUCAAGGUUUUGCGACAGCAGAUUAUUGACAUGAUCAUGGCAACGGAAAUGAAGCAGCACUUUGAGCACCUGUCAAAGUUUGACAACAGCCUCAACAACCGGAACCUGAUGCAUGAUGACGCUGGAUCAAUGAGUGGCAAAGGUACACCGGAAUCGAACGUUUCCCAUGGAAACCCGUGCUCAAACGAGUCCAGGACUCUUAUCAAAAGAAUGAUUAUUAAAUGCGCAGACAUUGCCAACCCCGCUCGACCAAUCAAAUUGUGUAUAGAGUGGGCAACUCGCAUCGCAGAGGAAUACUUCUGUCAAACGGAAGAAGAAAAAAGAAGAGGUUUGCCAAUUAUUAUGCCUGUAUUCGACAGGCAAACUUGCAACGUACCCCAGUCACAAGUGUCUUUUAUUGACUACUUUGUGAUAGAUCUUUACACGGCCUGGGACAAAUUUGCAUUUGUGCCAGAGGCCAUUGAAUACAUUAACAGUAAUUACAAUUACUGGAAAGCUGAAUCGGAAAAAAUUGAGAAGUCAAGGGAGCAAAAAAGACGGGCAAGCCGCGAUGGUGGUGCCACCGAGGAUAGGAGUAUGGAAGACGAUAAUCUAUAACAAAAACAGAUGUGACGUGGCAUGAACACACUAAUCGAGGUGCUUACUAAUUGAUUUGGGAUUUUGGCAUCACAAUACAUGAUGUCUGUUGGGAUUUCUUACACGCCGUAUAUACUACCAUGUCUGAAAAUGUAAGGCCUACAAAGAUGAAAUUAUGAAAUGUUGAACCUGUCUGUCUUACGGAGUUUAUUUGCCUGUAACUGACCGAUUUAUGGCGGCACGUUCGAUGCCUGCCUUUUUACAGUCAUUCUACGUUCAACUGUUUCAAGAGAAAUUGUUCUGUCUGUCGUUUAAUAUCGAACAGAUUCCCAUAAAGAUUGUGACAUUUGACGCUAGCUGCAUUGUUCAGCUCGUUAAGUAAUGGCCGAAUCUGAAUGUCUGCAGUGUUAUUCUGCUUAGGCCCGUCUGCAUACGCACAGCCAGAGACUGCACACCGUACGUCAGACCAUAAUGCUAAUCCAGGAACUAUCGGCCUACACUUUGUUUCGUUGCGAAUAUAUCGUGUUUUUACUGAUAUCAGCUGUUUACCUUGUGAGGAACUAACCACCAGCCUGUGUGAGUGACUGACUUUGAGGCCAAAUGCGUUAUUGGUACCGUGUACGUGGUAAGAACUCGCGUCAAAAUACGUUGCAGAAAUCCCUGUGUAUCCCAGGAUAUACAUGAAAAUAGUCGGCUAUUGUUAAGUAAUAAAGGACUGUAAAUAGUAAUUGCUCUAUAUGUUAAACGACAAGAUAAGUUUGCUUUUUACCCGCGAGACGUUUAUUUAUCAGGAAAGAAACGUACAGAUUUUUAUCUAUAACAGAGGACAGAAUUAAGAUCGCUACGAUUUUAUGAUCGUGUAGUUGCUAGUCCAGUUCCCCUUUCAGUAGAACGCCAUGGGUUAAAGAACAUUCUUUAUUGCCUCUCCCACUCAUUAUCUCACAAAGCUGUGUUGACAGAAAUUUCCCCUGAAAAAUUAUUCCUUUUUCUCAUUGUUUGAUAGAGAGUCUCAGAUGGUCUCAGAAACCUGAAUGACUAGAUAUCCAAUGUUUUACGAUCCCAGCAUUGGGCCAGUUGACUUAGCAGAUUAAAUCUUGUUAUAUAUUCCCAAAAUAUAACUUAUUAGCAUAAUAAACCUGCAAGCCGGGUCUCUAGAUAACAUUGCAGAGAGAGACUUGUUUAGUAUAAGCAAUACCCCUUAGAUGUUUUGCUACCUAGCAACCAAGUUACUGAUUGGGACAUCCCCACCCAUGAAGGUACUUGUAUUUGCAAGUGCAGAAAUGUCUCCACACCCGACUAAAAAUUCCAAUUGAUCGACAAAUGCAGCGGAGAAUUAACUUUCCGUUUGCAAAAUUAUCAUCUUUGGAGAAGCUCGUUGUAUUCUGUCGUACUUUGUGUUCGUUAGAUUCUCAGAGAACAUUUUGCUCAACCCCAGUGUCAGCUGUAAUACUUUCCCUUGCAAGUAACGCGUUCAAAAGUCAUUGUGUUGCUUUAAAGACUCGAUAAGGUCUAUAAAUAUAUGUAUGUAAUAAAAGUAUUAGAAAAAGUAAGACGCUUUAGAGGACUUCGUAUCUUCGAGGUCACAAUAUUAUGGGUAAUGUUCCUUGGGUGUCAAGGACAGGUUUUCAAGUAUACACUCACCCCCAAAGCAUCGCCAACCCUUUUAAUAACCCGAGAUGCUAAUCUUUUUAGAAAUGACAUUUGUCGUACCCAAAAUCUGAGGGCAUGCCUGCGAAAAUUAUCACAUUUUUCACUUUCCUUAGGCCUAUUUGCCAAAAUAGAGAGUUUUAAGGAUACGGUUCACUACUUAAACCCCCUCCCCCCCCCGUACAUUUCACCAAAAUUCUAGUCCUUAAACUGUCGGAACAUUUACUAUAUACCUCGUUUGUUGGUAUUGUAAGGCAAGGCCUUUGGGGGUGAACAAUGCAGUGCUAUACAUGCCAGAUUCUUCUCUGCCAUGGCAAUUUCAUUCUAAGAACGUCAUUAUUCCGCCCAAAUCUACUGUAAUACACUACGGCCAGCAAGAAUCUGCCCUCUUUGAUUAAUACUCGCCUUUCUUCCCUUAGCAUUUCCCAAAAGAUCCUGCUACAAAGCUACAUAAAACUAAGACAUUCUAAAAAACACAACCAAUCAGUACCACUUUUGGAGAUUUGAUACCUUGAUCUAAACUAUCCAGUUAUGUUUAAAAUGUUAUGGUCCCGGACAUACCGUUCCUAGUUAUACUCUUCCGGGUUAUGAUUUGGAAUACCCUGGACCGGAUUGAAAAUAUUCUGGUCAAGUGAAAGUAGUAUCGAUCAUUGCGCCAGUUGUAAAAUGUUCGUCCGUUGUUAGACCGUGUAGAUAAAUUUAUUUGAUAACUCUAUAUUCACCGUUGGUGCCUUAAGUCGCCUGCAAGUGUUAUUGACCGACCAAAAUAGCCGGUUGCUUAUUAGGUAAUGUCGGAAUCUUCCUGACGGCAAACUUCUUCCAGAAAAGAAACUUGAUUUAUUAAGCAUUUUUCGUAGGUAUGUAAAUAUUUUGCUUUAUUGUGGAAAAUGUGCAUCUUUUAGUAAAUAGAAUAGUCUUCCCAGGGAUCAAUGCACUCUCUAUAACCCUCGUUAUCGUGAAGAGGCCCGAAGCACUUUGAAACGACUUGUCGGCUGCGAGGCAGUUUAUUCGAUCGAAUUUGAUCAUCCUCAUUACUUGAAACCGAUUGUAAUUAAAAUUGAAAAUACGAAAUUAGAAGUAUAGAUCUUUUAAUAUAUUGAUUAGUUAAUAGAAUAUAGUCGAUGUUUAUAAUCAUUAUUAUCAUUAAGAAUGUUUAGGUGAA